CUGUAAUGACUUGGAAUGUAAGUCAAGUCUCUACUACGUUUGAAGUUUGGCAUUUUCAGUCUUGGGUUACAGAGAACACCUGAAAAGAAACUAAAAGCUCUCAAGAAUCUCCCAUGGCUGCCACCCAAUUCAAGGGUAUCAGACGCUACUAUAUCCGAAAAAUCCACGACGUCCUGCACCAGCUCCACCAGAAGGGGCAGCAUCUCCUUCGCCUCGAAGCUGAAACCAGCAUUCUCAACUCACAAGUGAGAAAGAUUAAGGAAGAAGUCCAGCUGCUUCAGGACCCUGGAUCUUAUUCUCAUGUUGGUUUAGUUAGACAAGUAAUUGACAAGCACAUGGUUUUGGUUAGGAUUGUUGGAGAAGGAAUGCAUGUUGUUGAUGUUGAUGAAAACAUUGACGUCAUAGAGCUCAAACCGUCAACAAGAGUUGCUCUCCGAAGACGCAGCUAUACCAUUCAUGCAAUACUGCAAAAAAAAAUUGAUCCUGUCGUCAAACUUUCGAAAGUUCAAAAUAAUCCUGAAUGCACGUAUGAUAUGAUUGGUGGUCUUGAUGAGCAAAUCAAAGAAAUAAAGGAGGUCAUUGAACUUCCAAUCAGACAUCCUGAAUUAUUUGAGCUCCUUGGUAUAGCUGAACCAAAGGGCGUCCUGCUUUAUGGGCCCCCUGGCACUGGGAAAACACUGUUGGCUCGGGCUGUAGCUCAUCACGCUAAAUGUUCUUUCGUGCACAUUUCUGCAACUAAGUUAGCUCAGAAGUACAUUGGGGUAGGCGCUAAGAUGGUUAGAGAAAUUUUUUUCCUGGCCAGGAAAUAUGCUCCAUGUAUUAUUUUUAUGGAUGAAAUCGACAGUAUUGGAUCUGCUCGUGUGCAAUCUGGUGGUGGAACAGACAGUGAGGUGCAGCGGACUAUGCUAGAGCUUCUCAGCCAGCUGGAUGGAUUUGAGGCAUCAAGCAACAUCAAGGUUAUAAUGGCCACAAAUCGUAUUGAUAUUCUGGAUCAAGCACUCCUUAGGCCAGGAAGAAUUGACAGGAAGAUUAAAUUUCCAAAUCCUACUGAACAGUCUCGUUGGGAGAUCAUGAAAAUACAUUCAAGGAAAAUGAAUUUAAGGCAUCGAGUUGAUUUGAAGAGGAUUGUAGAGAAGAUGAAUGGUGCAUCUGGUGCAGAGAUUAAGGCUGUUUGCACAGAGGCAGGGAUGUUUGCUUUGAGGGAGAGGAGGGUUCAUGUAAUGCAAGAAGAUUUUGAGAUGGCAGUUGGUAAGGUAAUGAAGAAGGAGACUGAGAAGAACAUUUCGUUGCAGAAGUUCUUUUACUAAUUCAUGUGUUGUUUACACCAAUUUAGGCACAAAGUUCACAAAAGAUAAGAGAGAGUGAGUUCACAAACUAAUACCACAUAACGUGGGUGAUAAGUUUACAAACUAUAUCACACCUCUCUCAUUUUCACUGUCGAAGAAAUGGAAAAGAAAUGUAAAGAAAUCAAGCAAGAUAUUUGAGAAAACACUCAGCUGUAUUGGCUGAGUACAAUUCAGCUGGAAUUGAUUGCAAAUGAUGUACAAACUGAUAUUCCUUUUGUAGGGACUUAACUACACACUAGUCAAACGAGCAUUUAAGGCUAUGGAGGGAAAAAUCAAAUAUAGCAGCUUCCAUUUUUCUAAUGUUACAGCUGCAUAUGAAAAUAUAUCCUUCACUCAAUAAUUUGGAGAUUAAAUUCUUAACAUCCAUUCAAGAAUGAUUAACCUGUCUAAACCCAAGUCUCUGGCAAUCUGUAACCUCAUACCAAUGCAUGCAGCAACAAUUCAAUGCAAUCCGGUACAGAGAUAAGUUUUCCAUUUAUCCCUAAGUCAUUAACCCUUGCAUUCCAAAUGCCCCAACACAAAAGAUAAGAGAGAGUGAGGUGAAGAAGAUUAGUGUGUACAUGGGUUAUGGAGUGACAUAAAAAGUAAAUGAAAAUGAUUUUGUCUUUUGACAGAACAGUAAACUUUUAACCUCAAAAAAUAAAAUUUCAAAGUUGUUUUUUCUACUAUGGGUGAGCAAAAAGGUGGGUAUUAAUAGAAAAUAUAAAUGAUGAAAUUCUUUCUGAAGUGUUACAUUGGAAU